UCUCUUAGCAUUAGCUAGCAUGCUAACGUCAGUUAGUAACUGCUGCCGGGCUAAUUAACGUUUUACCAAAGCAGGAAGCUUCUAAAGGAACGUUAUGCCCAUUACAGACGUUAGAGCCCCGGUUUUAACGCUACUACCCGUCUGUGUACUAUUCUAACACUAAACAGUGCAUCGGAAUCAUGCUGUCUCUUUGUGUGAAUGAACAUUUCCGUUAAAUACGCAGUUGAAAACGUCUAAACGGUUUGGUUUUGGUGUCACCUCGUCUUUUAGUGGACGAGCCGCUAUGUUUCAGACUCGGUCUGAUUCCCGUUGGAAAGGGUUGAUGGGCGGUGGCAGGCUGCGUGGUCUGUGAGUGCUCAACAGAUUACUAACCUAACGUAUCAUAUACGUAAUUUUAACGUACGCACCUUUUACUCCACCAACAGAAUGUUUUCAAUCUUUAAAGCGACCAUUUUGUGUGUAUAUUCCCCUCCUCGCUCAACUUUUUUUUUUUUUUCUUUUUUUUUUUUCUCCUCAUCUCCCCUCCUUCUCCAUCUUCCACCGCGGAUGCCCCAUUGUUCUGAGAUGGGCCGAGUGCUGAGAAAUGUUUCAGUCGCCUCGGGGGGCGAAGAGGGGGGCGGGGGGAACCGGCACAUUUAGGGGGUCUACUAAAUUCAUGCCCACUCUCAGUUUUGCAUGUCAACCAAAACCGAAUAAAUUUGCAUUAACUUAUUGUGUAAAAGCAACAAUUUCCUCGGAGGGAAGUGCGUGAAGCUGAACUAUCUCCGAGAUGGAUGUGCGCAGACUCGAGCUGGCCUGUAAUCAGAGAUCCUGACCUCCGGAAAGCCUGUAGACCCCGUGGCCAUCCUGUGAGAUUUGAGUCAGCCCCCACCCCCUCCCUGCCUUGCAGAGACGGACCGCCACCACUCAAGGAGAGAUGAAACCGGAUGGGGUUGCCACGGCGGCGCUGGAGCCCAUGGAAACGUUGGAAUCCAACCCAGUAAAUGAGGCGGCUCCAGCAGCGGGACAGGAGCCCAACCAGGCGGCCAGUCCGGCGGAGGAGGAGAUGCCACAGCAACCUGCAGCAGAGACGGGCCAGGUGGAGCCCAAGGCGGACCCGGCCAAGGAAACUCCGGCAGCCAAGACUGGCAACAAAACCUCAGGAGACCCCAAAGCCAAGACUGCCAACAAGGCCACGGCCAAGACGAAACCUGGCACCACGAGCCCAACCAAGACCACGCCUGGGUCCCGGCCCAACACUACCCAGAGCCGCCUCUCCAAUGGCGUGUCCAAGCCCCAGACCAAUGGGGUGGCGAAGAAAACCGCACCUGCUGCGGUGAAAAAGACCGCCCCGACCCCGGCUCCAGCUAAGAAACCAACGGGCACGGCCCCGGCCCCCAAGAUCAAAGUGGGCGAGAAGAAACCCACAGGGGCAGCCAAUGGCGCAAAGUCGAUGACCGGAACGACAACGGCAGCCAAGAAGACAGCGCCCGCCACUGCUGUUGGUGUCAAAACCGGCACCGCUGCUGCUGCAGCUGUUAAAAAGCCCCCAGCUCCCAAGACCACCUCUGCAACUCCCACCAAGCCCAGCUCUACUGCCUCACCCAAGCCCCUUGUUUCCAAGGCAACCAGGACUACACCCGGCACGGCAGCGUCAUCUCGUCCUGCCACAGGCUCCACCCGGCCGCCCACUACCAGCACAACCAAGAGCUCCCCAGCUGCAACCAAAACUACCACCCCUAAAACCUCCUCCACCACUGCCAAGCCCGCUGCCUCCAGAGUAACCUCCACUACCCCCUCUGGUGGCAAACCUCCAGCAUCGCAAACAUCCAGAAACACAACCCCUGUGAAAAAAGAUGUUGCCAAACCAGCCACUUCAGCAUCCAAAAAGCCUGCAGAGUCCCCCCUCACCCUCUCCUCUAAAACCAAGUCGGCAAAACCAGAGACCCCCAAAUCAGCCUCAAAAUCAGACGCUGCCGCCAAAAAGCCUGCCACCAGUAAGGCUGCAGACACAAAGGCACCCAGCCGCGCCAAAGCAGACGGUAAACCCACACCGUCUAAGGAUGCCCCCAAGACCCCUGGCUCCAAAGCAGCUGCAGCCAAGACCGCCGCCCCCAAGAAAACUGUGGGCAGCAGCACCCCGACUCCCGUGAAACGCAACCCCAAAACUGCAACUGUUGCAGAACCCGGAAAGGAAAUCGCUGCCGCCGUCGCUGCAGCUGCAGCUAUCGCUACUGCGGCAGCUGCCGUCGCAGGGCCAGAGGAACCAGGACCAGCUGUGGAGCUGUCUGCUGCAGGACUGAUGUCCAGCCCGACCGAAGCAGUGCAAGAACAACUGUCAGACCCAACACCUGAACCUGUGCGGGAAUCAACACCAGAGCCUAUACCGUCUGCUGGAGGACUGAUGUCCAGCCCGACCGAAGCAUUGCAAGAACAACUGUCAGACCCAACACCUGAACCUGUGCGGGAAUCAACACCAGAGCCUAUACCGUCUGCUGCAGGACUGAUGUCCAGCCAGACCGAAGCAGUGCAAGAACAACUGUCAGACCCAACACCUGAACCUGUGCGGGAAUCAACACCAGAGCCUAUACCGAUGCUGACACCAGAACCAGUACGUGAACCAAGUCCAGACCAAGUACAAGAACCAGUACGUGAACCAAGUCCAGACCAAGUACGAGAACCAGUACAUGAACCAAGUCCAGUACGAGAACUAUCUCCAGAGCCCCUCCCAGAACCACUGUCUCAGCCAGAGUCAGAUACAGGAGCUGAACUAGUCCACGAACCAGUCUCCAUUGCUCCGCUGUCAGCUCAGCUGGACCACUUCAAAUAUGAGGAGUCUGCCAAUGAAUCGGUUCCCUGCCUGGGAACGACUGUCAUGUCUCCUCCUUGUUCCCCACCGGGCCCCGUGUCCCCCGUCAGAGAGCCACAGAACGCCUCUUCUCUGCUGGACAUGCACAUCCAGUCCGAUCCCUGGGGCGAAAACCAGGCCCUGGGUCCAUCUGACUUUGCCCCCCAGAGCCUCGUCAAUACAAUGAACUUCUAUACAGAAGAGGAAAGGGAGAAUAAACACCAGUUUGAGGCACAGAUGACAAGGGAGGAGGAAGAGGAGGAUGAGGAGGAGGAGGAGGAAGAAGAAGAAGAGAAGGAGAACCUGUUUAUGCCGACCUCCACAGCUCCAUCUGCGGCGGCCUUCAACAUGAUGCCAGAGCCUCUCUUGCUGGGUUGCCCGCCCAUGGGUGAUUUCACCUCCGGGGACCUGAUCUCCCCGCACGAAAAGGAGGAGGCAGUGGAAAAGGCUGAUGAGGAGAUCAAUGAGGAUGAUGAUGAGGAGGAGGAGGAGGAGGAGGAGGACGAUGAAGAUGAGGAGCAGAGGAGACUAGGCCACCUGCCUUCGUCCCUGAUCACUGACAUGAGCACGUCUCAACCCUCUGAAGAGUUCCAAGUGAGGCCCUCGGCUUUUGUCGGCUCCGCAGCGUGGCACGGCGACGACCCGCUGUCCGGCAUGGACUCCGAGGACGUAAGCAGCUGCACCAGCAGCCGGCAGCAGGGCGUGUCCGACCUCAGCAGCACCCAGCACACCGCGCUACUGGAGGGCACCCAGAGCUCCGACGCCCUGAUCGACUCCAGCCUCCGUGGCUCAGAGGGAGACGUCAAUCUCAUGAGUUCCCCCAACGUGGAAACUCUGGCCAACGAGGAGGACGAGGAUGAGGAGGACGAGCGGGUGGACGAUAUGGACCUGAGCUCAGAGAGAGUGGAGGAGCAUCACAAGGCGUUGCAGCAGCAGCAGCAGCAGCGGGACGAGGACGAGGAGGACGAAGAUGUGGAGAUGCACAGCGAAGGGGUGACGGAGAGCUGUGGGAAUGUAGAUGAAGAUGACUUCAAUGAGGAGGAGCGUUUAGACAACCUAAAUCGCUCCGGUCCUCCGCCUUGCGUCCCCCCUGCCUCCUCUUGGGGCCAGUCCAACCCCUUCGUUGAUACCUGGGCUCAACCGGCCUCCCUGCUCGCUGUCUCCUCCCCCAGCCCUGUGUUCGACCAUGGUGCGGCCGAAUCCGAGACGCCAAUCCUGUCUCCUGCCCACGCACGUGUGGAGAGCAGUGCCCCUUCCUUUGCCCAUGAGUCAGAGCAUGAGCCACAGCCGCAUCAGUCAGCCCACGAGGAGAUGAAGAGCUCAGCAGAUGAGGAGGAGGAGGAGGCUCAUGUCCUGUCCCCGACUGCAGGGAUGUCUCAGCCCGGCGCAGCUCAGGCCGCACACAGCAGUAGCGAGACGAGCACACCGGAGGAACUGCAAGACUACGACAGCAGCUCUGGGGUGGAGUCCCGCUCGGACAAACAGCAGACCCCAGUGCCCUCUUCAAUGCAACCCGACAUGGAGCAGGACCUGGGCAUUCACUUGGAGAAAGGUGAUGGAGAAGAGGAGGAGGCCGAGACACUCCCCGCCGACGAGGUCCUAGGAACAGGACCCCCAACCGCUCCGGCAUCCGCCCCGUCCUCCCCCUCCACCUCAGGAGACGAGGCCAGCGACACAGAGGGCGAGAUGCAAAUAAACGACCCCGACGCACCGGCGGUGACCGACGAGAGAGCUGGAUUCGAAAGCCCUCCUCCCACCCGCAGCCUGCCCGCUCUCGAGGAGGACGAGGAGGCGGGGGAUGUGCCGGCCGGAGAGGGCGAGGAGGAGGACGGCGGCGGAACCACCCCCCAGUCAGCCAACUCCGUGGCAUCUUACGGCUUCGACUGCACCACGUCCAACUCGAACGCCCACUCCAUGGCGGAGAGCUGCGGAAAGAGCCCAGGGAUCUUCUCGCUGGAGAAUGAGGAGCAGCUUCCAGAGGAGGCCAAGGACCCGUCCCUCAUCAAGGAGCUGACCCUGCCAUCAGCUGCUGCCGCCGCCCAGGCAGAGGACCUGCUGGGCAGACCCGUGGACCUGAUGCCUAUGGGCCACCCGGACGACCACCAUCCCGGCAUUCUAGAAGAGCACCACUACAUGCUGGGGGGAAAGAUCGGAGUGGACCACCUGGAGAACGUCGAUCCGUUGGAGCCCAGCAGCCACCUUGGGGCCGUGGAAUCUGGAGAAACCGGCGAGAGCCAGACACCCUACUACUCUACCAUAUGUGAUAAGACUGAUAGUUUUCUGGCAGGUAAUGUAUAAGUCCCUCCUAUUCCCCCUGGAAUGCACCUUUUCCCCGCAACCCUCCCCUGUUACCUGUUGUUUGUUUUCUCUCCAGUUGGGUUAGAUGGCUUAGAAGAGAAAAAAAAAGGAGAGCAAGAUUGUAGGAAAAGAUUUAAAAACAAAGAUGGGGAAAAAAGACUGUAGCAAUUUUUAAAUGGAGCCUCCCUCUUUCAUACUGUUAUGGUCAUGGUUAUGAGUGUAUGGCUUAAACUCCUUUAUGUACAAUAGCUACUACCAUUUUCUAGUAGAAUGUUCCUUUUUAAGUAACACUGCAUAUUCUGUAGCCCCCGUUGGGGUAUUGACUGAUUGGUCCUCUGUGACUGAGCUUUUAAACCGGGGAAAAAAAGAAGAAAAAAAAAAAACCGAUGGAAUGAAAUGGACUCAUUGUGUAUUUAUCCUACUGUUUUUACCGAACAAAUGUCAAUGAUUUUCUUUUGUUUUUGUUUUGUAUUUGCUUAUUUGUUGGUUUUUUUUCUGUUGGAACCUGGUCCUCCCUACCCUGUGUGCACACGCUUCAUGUUCAGCAGCACCAUAGCGCUAGUCACGAUGCUCCUUUCUAAAAGUUUGUGUUCCGAGUUUUAGCUAUCAAAAUAAAGGCUAGAUAUUAACGCGGCAGAUUUGUUGAGGUAGGUGUGGGAAGUAUUAGAUCGCAGUCGGUGAAGUUUUGAAUGUGCGCUUCAAGAGGCUCUUUUGCAUAGAUUGUUGAGGUAUAUAACGUGCAGUCACGUACAGUAUGUGUUUCAGGCAUUUGGUUUUAAGUGGCUAAGCUUCAAGCCUCAGUUAGCUGAUCAUUUGUGUUCCAGAGACUAACAGCUCGCCUAUUAUUUGUGGUGAGACCCGCCGCCCAUUAUCCUACAUCACUAUCACUCGCUGAAAUGUUUUCAUAGUGAGCGUUUGGUUUACUAUUUCAACAGUAUAUUGCAUGUUUAACUAACAUAAAGACUGUGUACUACCUUGGAUUUGAAACAAUUCUACGCUAGACAUGUUCAUCGAUGAAUGAUUCACACUAGGUUAUCUUUCAAAAUUCCAUUAAAACAUCAUUGCAAGGCA